AUGUGAUGUGCAUAUUUAACGGGGCUGCCCGGUGAAAUGGUAUUCCUUCUUAUUACAACCAUAAUAAUGGGAUAUGGCAACAACGAUAUGCCUGUCAUUCUCUGGCCCUGAAAAAGUAUUGGGAAAAUCCUAUUUUGUCUGUUUGCUCCGUGCUAUCUCAACCGUGCACACCCCCCUUCAUGAGAUGUGGUUAUAAUUCCAGUCUAGAGCGCGGGCUUUCCUCGUGGGACGUCGGCGAAAGGUCGCGCGCUGCACUGUAGCCCAAGUAGGAUAACUGCAUACGUGGAGUGUGUCUGAAAGUGUAGCCCGAUCAGCUCUCGCCUCCCAAACGGCGUCGCUGCGGCGUCUUGUGACCAGACCUGCAACAGGGAUAGUCCACUCGACCUGAGCACUGUUCCGGGAGCGAGAGGCACACACUUUCAUCACCCUCAGUGGCUCCACACCGCAGAAAUGUAGUCUAGUCAGAGUUGUGCGUUGAUUAUCGAGACGAGACGGUUUCAAACAGUUUCGGCACGCACCAGAUAAGCCGCGGCAUAUGGUUGGGAAUUGGAAAUAGCUCCCGGCGCACGAGCGCAGAUCUGUGUGUGGAGCGGUUCCGUUUCACGCCACUGAGAAACUGGGAUUAAGAGCGACAGCGAACGUGUCAGCAGCACGGACAGAACAUCUCAUCUCCAGACGCCUGCCUGCCGCCAGCCCCUAGCAGCACCAGCCUCACAGCCUCCCGGCCCAUGGCACUUGGCACUGAUUCCCACCACAAGGACAGAUGGUGCCAACCCUGACCCCUCUCCUCGCCCGUGGGGGACCACACCGCCCCACAGAGAGACCGCCCAUUGACAGGAACAGGAAGAGGGAGCUCCGUCGCCAUGGCAAAUCCUAGCCCCACAUCCUCUCCAAGGGCCUCAGAUAAACACGUUCACACAGCAGGACCCCGGUGAGGUCCCUGUUUUGUUUGUCUCCGGCCAAUUUGCGCCUUUGAGAUUUCACCACCAUCAGACUUCUUCUUUAGGCGUUCCAUUCCAUGCCUGUUUAGACUGUAUGAGAAUGUGCUCAUGGACCAGGACCAGUGCAGGAGUACGACAUUAGUUUGCUGAAAGCCAGUGAAACUUCAUCCUGUCUGGGACUUCUCCUCUUUCCCUCCUGGCUGGCUUGGCCUCUCAGGCCUGGAUGAAUUAUUAAACAGACUCCACAGCCAAGCUCGGGCUCAGUGCUGCUGGGAGCUCUAUAGGCCUCUUUAAACCCUUGCUGAUUGAAGGGAUCGGAGUCACGGAGUCAUAGGUCAAACGACACUGCAAAGAGAAAAGAGGUAGAAGCAGUUUCUGCCGUUUAACUGCAGAUCAAAGCAAAACCUCUGCAACUCUCUGGCUCCCUUGACUCUCCUCUCCUCCAGACAGAAGUCAAACAACCACAAUUCUGUUUAUUCUUUACUGGACAUUAUUAUUAUAUUGAACCCAUUAAUACUUGAUCUACAGACUGAUUACCAUAUAAUGGCUGACUCCUAUAUUAAAAAAAAAAUUUAAAAAAGGGAAUAGCACUUCAACAUAAAAUUAGACACUAAUGGCUUGGUGGGAUGAAUUCAGCAGGGCCAAAUAACAGAGGAGGGAAUACGGUGUCCCUAAAGCAUAGCAGGCUUACGGUUAUCUCUGGGAUUUCAUCAUCAUUAUCACAGAGAACAUUUGCAUAACUGAAAUAUGCUGCACUGCACACACCUGCCAUCAACAUUGUUGAGUGCAGACGUUUGGGGGAAGCCAUUGUCUGCACCUGUCUGCUAGACAAUACGGAAGAGAGACUACAGUAGAGCGCAGGGGGAGAAAACAAGAGGCGCAGAUGAUAAAGGUAUCUAUCAGGCUCCAUCCUGGUCCCAUAGCUCUGAGGGUUCAGUGACGGGCUGUCCUCUCAGGCUGCAGUGGAUUACAUGAGGGAACCUGUGAUCCACAAAUAAUACCUGUAAUCCAGUGAGAAGGAACUGUGAUCCGGAGAGAGGCCCAGUGAUCGAUCCACCAAGGGCUGCUGUGAUUCACUGAGGACUGAGAGUUUCAGAGAGAAGGAACUAUGGCCCGGCACUGAGCGUACCAGUGGUCCAGGUUGUGUUCCGCCGUGCCGAGCGUGGCCGUCAGGCUGGGAGAAUCAGGAUGCCAGAGCUGGAGGACUUCCCCCCGAUACGGGAUGACCAGCCGGUUGGUCCUGACCCGAACCAGAUCCAGCGCAGCAUACUGGACGAGCAGGUAGAGCUGUGGUGGUUCCGCGACCCGGCCAAGUCUCUGCUGUGCUACGCCGUCGCCGUCCUACUCAUCCUGGGCUGCGGCCUGGGAGGCAUACUCCUCCUCUCCACCACGACCAGCUUCUCCAGUGACUGGCGCAUGGGAGCGGGCAUGGCUCUGUGUCUCUUAGCCCUGGCCGUCCUGCUCAAACAGCUCCUGAGCUCCGCCGUGCAGGACAUGAACUGUGUCCGCAGCCGGAGGCGGAUCGAUAUCCUGAAGAGCGGAGGGCUGUCGGAUCUGUUAGUGGUUCUCAUCACAGGGCUGUGUCUGGUGGUCUGUGGGGCCGUACUGCUGAAGCUGGCACUAGGACACCACAUGCCCAAGCCCGGCGUAGCCCUUAAUGAUAUGUACAUCUCUGGGGUGGUGUUGUUAGCUGGAGGAGGGUCAGUGGUGGUGGGGGUGGGAGUGUACACGGGGCUGGUGUUCCUGUUGGAGAGGACGUGGCCGGGACAGAGGUUCAGGGAUAGGGCCAUGGGGGUGUUCACUAUCUCUGGACGACACAUGGAACAGGGUAGGAGGGAGACCACCUCCAGCUUGGCUAACCUCAUCUGACCUGACCACCAGAGACAUGGCAUGGGAUAGGUAGCCCGAAACAGCAGAUGACCGCAACACUCAUAUGGCCCAGAUCUUAUCCAUAUAUGGGCACUUUGGAGGGUUGGAAUUUAUUGGUCCGCUCUGGCUUGAGAUUGGUGGGCUUAGUUGCUGGGCCCCAUUUGGUGUGAACGUGGGCCACAUCCACCUUGUUGUCUGGGAGGAACCAAUGGACAUCACAUGUGAAAAUGGAAUUUGAGCAACGUGGCCGCCUUUGGAGCAACUAAGUAUCAAUUCAAUUUUGCAGGUCCAUGAAUUGCAAUAUGGGAUAGAGAGCUGUGUCUACACAACAUGUGCUAUUUUAAUGAUUCAUGCAUUGGCCGUCCUUGGAUAAUUACUUAUUGAGAUGGAACCCCAGCAGAGCACUGCUCUCUAUAAUGUGAAAUAAACAGAAUGACAGUGACACAGACACUGGUCCCGGACACAGAACAAAGAUUAAGAUUCAUAAUGUGUCUAAUCUAAUAGUAUCAUCCACUACAAAGCAGUUGGUGAAAAAGCUGCUGUAUGGAAUAAUCAUAUCAAUGUAAACAGGUUACUGUACGAAGUGAUUUCCUGAUAAAUGUCACAUUUUGUCACCUUUUUAUGUCACAGGUUUACAGCUGUGUUGGGUAGUCAAAGGCCUUGCAACUCUACGAAGAAUCUGAGGAGAAUGCCGUUGUCGCCUGGUUGAAUGGUACAAUAUGGUUUAAUUGAACAAAGCAUCUGUGUGUUUGCGUGUGUGUCUGGCCCUCGCAACUCCUUAUCAGGCAGUACAUGUGAGCUGUCUGUCGCUCAGAGACAAUAGGGGUCACUGAGGCGGCCAUUGCCGUUGUACCGACGGCCGGCCAGGCCAAUGGACAAUGGGCAGGCUGUGGAUCGUAAGGGGUUGGCGUCGCCCAGUACGGCUUUCUCUUACCACCCUCUAACACACACACACACACACACACACACACACACACACACACACACACACACACACACACACACUGUGUCUCUGUCUCUGCUGUGCAAUGCUAUGCAGGACAUGCUCUUUAGGUGGUGGUGCCAAAUAGGUUUGUGCAUUCACUACAGAGAGUGUGAGAGACGACCGCCAUGAAACAGUGAUGGGAGAGGAAGUGAGAAAGAGAACAGUACAAUAUAGCGACAGGAGAGAAACCAGACGAGAAAGAGAGACCGAGCUAAACCCUCAGGUGCAGUCCACCUUUCAGGCCAUAGGGGGUUCAUACUCACAAACUUGUGCUUAAACUGGCAGUUUAGACCUUAGGUUUAAAAUGUCUAUCUGCUAGCUUUUCUCAUAGGCAAACCUGGCACAAUUGGCCAUCUGGCUACCAUGAGUCAUUUGUAUAGUGAAUAAAAAUAUAAAAACGCAGCAUGUAAAGUGAAAUAAAAAUAAAUGAUGACCCCAAAUUUUCCAUACAAGCUUAUUUCUCUCAAAGUUUGUGCACACAUUUGUUUACAUCCCUGUUAGUGACCAUUUCUCCAGGUGAGGCAUAUCAAGAAGCUGUUAAUUUAGCAUGAUAAUUACACAGGUGCACUUUGUGCUGGGGACAAUAAAAGCAUGCAUGCAAAACAUGCAGUUUUGUCACACAACACAAUGCCACGGAUGUCUCAAGUUUUGAGGGAGUGUGCAAUUGCCAUGCUGACUGUAGGAAUGUCCACCAGAGAAGUUGCCAGAUCAUUGAAUGUUAAUUUCUCUACCAUAAGCUGCCUUUAAUGUCGUUUUAGAGAAUAUGGCAGUAAGCCUAACUGGCCUUACAACUGCAGACCACGUGUAACCACGCCAGCCCAGGACCUCCACAUCCAGCUUCUUCACCUGCGGGAUUGUCUGAGAACAGCCACCCGGGACAGCUGAUGGGUUCGCACAACCAAAGAAUUUCUGCACAAACUGUCAGAAAACGUCUCAGGGAAGCUCAUCUGCGUGCUCGUUGUCCUCACCAGGGUCUUGACCAAAUGUGCAGUUCAGCGUCGUAACCGACGUCAGUGGGCAAACGUUCACCUUCGAUGGCUACUGGCACGCUGGAGAAGUGUGCUCUUCGCGGACGGAUCCCAGUUUCAACUGUACUGGACAGAUGUCAUACAGCGUAUGUGGGGCGAUUGGUUUGCCGAUGUCAACAUCGGGCGCGGUGCCAGGAUUUCUUUCUCUCCCGGUGCUAAGGGGGGGGCUUGACCAAUACGUGGGGGUGCUAAGAACAUUUUCAGGACUAUUUACAAGUGCAUUUAUUCCUGACAAUUGUGCAUUGGUAAUAAUGUUUCGGAUGAAAUGGCUAUCACAAGGUCAGAAAUGAAAUGACUAAUAUCCAAAGUGCAGCCACAACGAGAAGUGCAAUGCAUUUAGCCGAUGCCUGUUAACUGUGCACACACUUGUAAAACGAACUGGCUAUCAGCACAAUCUUAGUGAUUAUAUUUCUAUUGCAAACAAAAAUAACUUGUAGGCUGAUGACAUGCAUGCGUCCGGCUGUGCAUUGGUUAUAAUGUUACCAAUUAAAUGAAAGGAAUAAUAUACGCGUUGCAGCCACAAUGAGAAGUGUGUUGACCCCUUGCCUGUCAACUUUGCCCACAUGGUGUAAAACGAGCUGGCUGUCAUCACAAUCUUUAGCGAUUUUCUAUUUCUAUUGCAAACAUACUUGUAGGCCGACUGGCCGACAAUAUGCAUGCAUCUUCUUGUUCCAUCCAGAUCAGCGCGAUUGAAUCAUGUUCCCACCACCGGACAGGCGCGCUCUGUCAAUGAAUAAAAGGUCUUUCAGUUACUCCCCAAGUGUUUGUUUUAUAGAAGGACGAUACGUUGUUGAGUCUAUACUCUUCUCGACAUCCAGGGCCCUGGUUCUUUCUGCGUGUUAUGGACAGGCAGGCAAGCUUGCUGAGUCAAGGGUUUGCCCAGUAUUUCAUUCUGUAUAUCAUGAUGCGUGCACUUAGCAUUUCAGUGGUCCUUCUGUAGCUCAGUUGGUAGAGCAUGGCGCUUGUAACGCCAGGGUAGUGGGUUCGAUUCCCGGGACCACCCAUACGUAGAAUGUAUGCACACAUGACUGUAAGUCGCUUUGGAUAAAAGCGUCUGCUAAAUGGCAUAUAUUAUUAUAUUAGGAUUAUCUGAGAUUUUCUUUGUCGAAUUUGCCUCUGACCUGUAAAAGUUCAAGGAAGUUUCCCUCUCUGUGAAAGUCCCUGGUAUGCAGUAAAAUGCAAUGACUCCACAACUGCUCUCAUAUAUUCUCUGUUCUCUAUCUUUCUGAAUAGUCCACUCAUUCCAUAUUUAUGCUCCACACUAGCAUUGUGUGUCUUGAACAAACUUGUGUCCUUCUUCCAGUUCUGGUAGCCAUCGUGGGUAAAUGCUGCCUUCUCUCCACCAUAGUUUCUUGGAUGUUGAAAAUGGCGGCAUGCAAAGCAGAAAGCACAGUCCUUUUGAGAUAGAAUAUUCCAGCCAUUUGUAAUCCUCAUACCAUCUACGAUUGAAGUAGCGAUCCUGCUGUCCAACUUUUGUGGCUGGAUGAAGCCGAAGAAGAGAGCGCCUUGGUUCUUCAACCAGGUGACUGGCUUAAAUCAGAGGGAGUGGUGGCUGUGCUAUCAGUGCAGCUAACGGUGGCUUUGGAGCAGCUAGCAGUGACUAACUGCUCUGGUGCUCCCUCGCGUCGUGGCUCACGAUUUUUUUCUCUCUCCGACUCUCCGACUCAUCUUUCUUAUCUCCCUCUUCUUCGGCCCCCUCAAACAGGGUCUGGAUUUUCAUUUUCUACACUCUUCUCUUGAUCAGAAAACAGUCCAUUGCAAUGAGGCGAGAUGGGUGACUAGCUAGCUAGAAGUUAGCACACACCAGACACACGUCAUAGGGGACACGAGCACGCAGCCAGGGAUCGGAUUGGAACAGAAUCUCUGGUUAUUAACUUUGACAUAUUUCUUUAUUUAAAAAAAAAUACUAAUGCUUUUGAGGGGGGCUUAACUGGGGCUAUGCAGAUUUGUGAUGUAGCUAUAACCUCCCCUAGCCCCGGUGUAGCUCCGUGCCUGGUCAACAUCGUGAACAGAGUGUCCCUUGGUGGGGUUAUGGUAUGGGCAAACAAACUACGGACAAUGAAUACAAUUGCAUUUUAUCGAUGGCAAUUUGAGUGCACAGAGAUACCGCGACGAGAUCCUGACGUUCAUUGUCGUGCCAUCACCUCAUGUUUCAGCAUUAUAAUGCACUGCCCCAUGUUGCAAGGAUCUGUACACAAUUCCUGGAAGCUGAAAAUGUCCCAGUUUUUCCAUGGCCUGCAUACUCACCAGACAAGUGAUCAUGUUUGGGAUGCUCUGGAUCGAUCUAUACGACAGUGUUCUCACCAAUAUCCAGCAAAUUCACACAGCCAUUGAAGAGGAGUGGGACGACAUUCCACAGGCCACAAUCAACAGCCUGAUCAACUGUGUUGUGCUGCAUGAGGCAAAUGGUGGUCACACCAGAUACUGACUGGUCUUCUGAUCCACGCCCCUACUUUUUUUGUAAAAAGGUACAGUAUCUGUGACCAACAGAUGCAUAUCUGUAUUCCCAAUAAUGUGAAAUCCAUAAAUUAGGGCCUAAUGAAUUUAUUUGAAUUGACUGAUUCCCUUAUGAACUGAAACUUUGAAAUUGUUGCAUUUAUAUUUUUGUUCAGUGUAUGUUCGGUAACAAAAUAAAGAAUCUUAAAAUGGUA